AUGGAGCCUGGACGUGGAGGCCCUUCUGUGCUGCCCCUCUGGCCCCGGCCUAAGCGGCAGCCUGCCCUGUGGCCUACCCUGGCCGCUCUGGCCCUGCUGAGCAGCAUCGCCGAGGGCGAGGCCUCCCUGGGCCCCGCGCCCAGCAGCCCGGUCCCCCGAGAAGGCCCCGCGCCGGCCCCGGAGCCUCCCGCGGGUCCCCUGCCUGGGGGCCGCGCGGCCGGUCUGUGCGGCGGAAGAGCCCGGCGGCCGCCGCCCCCGCCGCCCGCGCCCUCACCCGCUGCCCCCCGAGGGCCCCGCGCUGCGCGGGCUGGGGGCCGGGGCGGCCGCGGGAGCCGGGUGAGCCGCGCGCGGGCCGCGGGGGCGCGGGGCUGCCGCCUGCGCUCUCAGCUGGUGCCGGUGCGCGCGCUCGGCUUGGGCCACCACUCGGACGAGCUGGUGCGUUUCCGCUUCUGCAGCGGCUCCUGCCGCCGCGCGCGCUCCCCGCAUGACCUCAGUCUGGCCAGCCUGCUGGGCGCCGGGGCCCUGCGGCCGCCCCCCGGCUCGCAGCCCGUCAGCCAGCCCUGCUGCCGACCCACGCGCUACGAGGCCGUCUCCUUCAUGGACGUCAACAGCACCUGGAGGACCGUGGACCGCCUCUCGGCCACUGCCUGCGGUUGUCUGGGCUGA